AUGUCUGCUACCACUAGUGAUGGCGGAAUCGAUUUCGCUCUUUAUCGGUACACGCCGUCUUUACCAGCAGCAGUUGUAUUUGCUGUGAUUUUUCUCCUUCUUUCUAUUUUCCAUCUGAUUCGACUGUUCAAAAAUCGCACCUACCUCUUCAUCCCGUUUAUCGUGGGGCUAUUAUUCGAAUGCGCCGGUUAUAUUGCUCGCAUAUUUUCGCAUUUUGAUACUCUGGCACUUGGGCCAUACAUCGUUCAGACAAUGCUCAUCUUGGUCGCCCCUCCGCUGUUCGCCGCCUCUAUAUACAUGACUCUCGGCCGGAUUAUCGUCCGGCUCGGCGCCGAAGACAAAUCCAUCGUCCCGAUUCGCUUUCUCACGAAAAUAUUUGUCGUUGGAGAUGUGAUAUCAUUCUUUAUGCAGUGUGGAGGGGGCGGUUAUAUGGCCGCUGGAACAAUCUCCGCUAUGAAAAUCGGUGCUGAUGUUGUGGUCGGAGGCCUGGUGGUCCAACUUCUAUUCUUCGGAUUCUUCGUGAUUGUCUCCGCCGUUUUUCAUUGGCGUGUCAAGAAGCAGAAACGCACGUACAUGCAAGUCUCAAGCAGUCAGUCGCAAGGCCCCGAAACUCGUAUGACAUGGGAAGCUGUGAUGUGGGCGCUCUACGGCGCAUGUCUUCUCAUUCUGGUGCGAUCUGUUUUUCGAGUUGUCGAAUUCAUCGAGGGGAACGAUGGAUUCAUCAUGCGAAGGGAGUAUCUCUUGUACAUUUUUGAUGCGUGCCUAAUGUCGCUGACGGGGAUAUUGUUCCUCAUCGUUUACCCUGGCUCUUUCCUCCCCAAGGGUGGUAAGAGGGAUAGCGAGCUUCAACUCAUGUCUUCAUAG